GGCCGCCGCUCGCUGAUGACGCGGCGGGGAGCGGCCCCCGGGGGCCCGGCGCGGACGGAUGACGCCACAGUCGUGCGGGGAGCGCGACGUCCGGAGCGGCGCCGAGGCGGAGGGUUCGGAGGCGGCGGCGGCGGCGGCGGUCCGAGUGCGGCCGGACGGGGCGUCAUGGCGUCCGUGGCGCUGAGCGAGGCCGAAAAGGUUUACAUCGUGCACGGCGUCCAGGAAGACCUCCGGGUGGAUGGUCGAGGCUGUGAAGAUUAUCGUUGUGCUGAAGUGGAAACAGAUGUGGUAUCCAACACCAGUGGGUCUGCAAGAGUCAAGCUGGGUCAUACUGAUAUCCUGGUGGGGGUCAAAGCAGAAAUGGGAACACCAAAGUUGGAAAGGCCAGAUGAAGGCUACCUGGAAUUCUUUGUGGACUGCUCAGCCAACGCCACUCCUGAAUUUGAAGGUCGAGGAGGGGAUGACCUGGGCACCGAGAUUGCCAACACACUCUACCGGAUAUUUAACAACAAGGGCAGCAUAGAUCUGACGUCCCUCUGCAUCAGUCCAAGGGAACAUUGCUGGAUCCUCUAUGUGGAUGUGUUGUUAUUGGAAUGUGGUGGAAAUUUAUUUGAUGCCAUCUCCAUUGCUGUAAAGGCUGCUCUCUUCAAUACAAGCAUCCCCAAGGUCCGAGUGUUGGAGGAUGAAGAGGGAUCAAAGGACAUUGAACUCUCUGAUGACCCUUAUGACUGUAUUAGAUUAAAUGUAGAGAAUGUGCCCUGCAUCAUCACUUUAAGCAAAAUUGGCUAUAGGCACGUGGUGGAUGCUACUCUUCAGGAGGAGGCUUGUUCUUUGGCCAGCCUUCUUGUUUCUGUGACCAGCAAGGGGGUGCUGACAUGUAUGAGGAAAGUGGGAAAAGGCAGCUUGGACCCAGAAAGCAUAUUUGAGAUGAUGGAGACUGGAAAACGAGUCGGCAAGGUAUUACAUGCCUCCUUGCAGACUAUUUUACAAAAAGAAGAAAAUUUGGGACCCAAGAGACCAAAAGUUGGAUUUCUGGGAUAAAUUAUACUUCAACUAACUUGGUUGUCGUGACUUUAAAAAGAAAAACAAAUCUUCAAAAAUUUAUAUGUAUUUUUAUUAGAUAGGCUUGACCUUUGUAGCAUUUGUAUGUAUAAAAUUAAAAGUAUAUUUUUGAGCUGUUUGUUAUUGACAUUUUUUUAAAAAAUAGUUGCAAGCAAAAGACUUAACGUUUAAUAAAACAUUCAAUUUUGAGAGCUA